AUGACUGUAACUUACUUGAACACCACACCCAAAACACCGGUCUACCAUAAACCCCCGUUAGAGAAAUCGACUGCUACAAAUAUAUUUGUUUUAAUUCCAGGGAAUCCCGGAUUGGUAGAUUUUUAUAUAUCGUAUUUGGACUCAAUACGUAAACACUUCCCGCAGUUCGAAACGUUAUGUAUUGGCCAUGUUGGAUUUCUUGACUCAACUAAAAGAAAAAUUUAUGAUGUUCCUUCUCAAAUCGAACAUAAAUAUGACGUUUUGAAACAGUUGAUCUUAACCAAAAACGAGUCUAACUUAAUUCCCAAUUUGUAUUUUUUGCACCAUUCAAUGGGGUCUUUUGUUUAUCAACGCACGAUUAGAAAGUUGUACCACGAUGAAAACUUAAAUGGGAAAUUUAAUAUUAAGUUUAGCGGAUUCGUCACUCCAACCAUUCAUAAUAUUUCUGCGUCGUCCUCAGGACGGGUAUUGUCUGGCUUAAUGCAAAGAAAUGUUCCAAUCGUCAGUAUCGUACUUGUCUUUAGAUUUUUUGUUAGUUUGAUUCCUGCAUUAAUUUUACGCAAACUUUUGCAUUAUCAUUUAUUAGGCAACAAAACUGGCGACGGGUUUGAAAAUUCUGUUGAAGGUGCUUAUAAAAUAGUUAAAUCCGGAACUGUGGUUAAUCAAGCAUUAGAAAUGGCAAAGGAAGAAAUGUUAAUUAUAGAUACACAAGACGACAUUAACGACUGGUACUUUAACCAUUCAAAUAAAGGGAUCAAGAACUGGUUAUUUUUUGCUCGAAACGAUCACUGGGUCGCUAAUGAAACUAGAGAAUACUUGAUUGAUAAAUAUGGCAAUAGUGACAAUACUCUCUGCGAAGUAUGCGAUGAUGAGACAAAUCCUAUCAGUCAUAGUUUCUGUGUUGCUCAGAGUGAUCAAUUUGCAAAGAUCACAGUAGCAAGAAUCAAAGAAAUUUGUAACAUAGAUUUAGAUUAA